ACAAAGUCUUCAGUAAACGCUGGCAACAUGAACGGCAACAGUGCAACACGGAGACUAAAGCUGAAAACAGAGGUUGGAAUAGUUGGAGGGGUGUCCCUCAUUGCAGGGGUUAUGAUUGGAUCAGGGAUUUUCAUAUCACCACAGACUAUGAUGCGGAACGUCAUGAGUCCAGGUGCCAGCUUGCUGAUAUGGGCCUGUUGUGGCAUUUUGGUUUUGCUGGCAUCUCUCAGCUAUGCUGAGUUGGGUACAGUCAUCUGUGAGUCUGGCGGGGACUACAUCUACAUUCUGCGGACAUCGGGCAACCUGAUGGCUUUUAUUUUUGCCUUCACCACUGUUGUGAUUGUAAAACCAAGCAGCGCAGCGAUACAGGCUCUCACUUUUGCCCAGAAUACAGUUGCACUCUUCUACGGCAGCUGUCCACCUCCAGUUCUCAUGGUAAAAGCUGUAGCUUUUGUUGUGCUCCUUCUGAUGAACAUCAUGAAUUGCAUGAAUGUGCGCUUGUCCAUAGCCAUCAACGUGUUGCUUUUAGCAGUUAAAUUUCUUGCACUGGGAGUUAUUACAAUUGGUGGCAUAAUAUUACUGUUUCAAGGGGACACUGUCGGCCUCCAAAAUUCUUUUGAAGGGACCAAUUUCAACAUUAAUGCCAUUGGAAUGGCAUUCUAUCAGUGUCUGUGGUCCUACAGUGGCUGGAGCACCCUAAACUGUGUAACAGAAGAGAUUAAACAUCCUGAGGUAAAUCUUCCCAGGGCAAUAAUGAUUGCCAUUCCCACGGUAACAAUCUUCUACUUGCUGGUCAAUGUCAGUUAUCUGGCUGCAAUGACACCUAGAGAGAUGAUGUUCUCCACUGCUGUGGCAGUUACCUGGGGGAAUAAGGUAUUGGGAGGCUGGGGUUGGGUGAUGUCCAUUGCAGCAGCACUGUCAUCUUUUGGUUCUUUGAAUGGAUCAUUCUUCAGUGGAGGACGGGUUUGCUUUGUAGCUGCCAGAGAGGGACAUUUGCCUGACAUCCUGGCCAUGGCACAUGUGCGACGCCUGACUCCUUCUCCCGCACUCAUCUUUACCACUAUCAUCUCUCUCAUUGUCCUCAUUCCUGGAGAUUUCGAGGGCAUCGUCAACUUCUUUGGAUUUACAGCCUGGUUCUUCUAUGGAGUCACAUUAUCAGGACUUCUCUAUCUAAAAAUCAAGAAGCCUGAUCUUCCGCGUGCAUACUCGGUGCCUAUCGUUAUCCCUAUCCUGGUUCUGCUGGCAGCUGUUUUCCUGGUUCUAGCACCCAUCAUUGACAAUCCUCGGCUGGAGUACCUGUAUGUCAUCCUUUUCAUCCUCAGUGGAGUUGUCAUUUACGUGCCAUUCAUUCACUACAGACUAUUCCCAGGCCUGUUUGACAAACUCACCGUCUUCCUCCAACUCUUCCUGGAGGUGGCGCCCACUGACAAAAACCUGUAAAGGGCCAGGGUUCUUCCAGGUUGUGGGGCAUUGCUUUUCAGCUAUUAACCCCCAUUCAAUAUUACUGCUUUUCAAGGGCAUUUUACCUUUCUGUUACCACUCUGUCAUUGGUGGUAAAAAUUUAGACCCUAAUAUUUCUAAAAUAAGUAAAAUAAUUAAAGUAAAAAAGCUUGAUUUUAUUUUAUUUCGUUAGAAUCUGUUUCCAAGCAUUAUGUUCUUGUGGGGACUAACCAUGUAGGACUCUUUUUCUGAAUUUAGUAGCAUACAAGCCUUUUGGCACUUUUAGGCAUGCUAGACUAAAAUAUGUGAACAAAAUAAUUAUUCUUUAUUUGUGAAAACAUUUCUGAUUUUCAAACAUUUAAAAUGUUUUCAAAUUGUGUAUGUUUUAUCUAAUUCAGAGUAAAGUGAUUUUAAUGAAAAAUAUUACUAAAGCUCUUUAAAAAACCUCAUUUGAAAACCACGCUUCCCACCUGAGCAAACUACUUGUGAAAACUACCAGUUAAGCCUUAAUGACGUUUUCAGAUUCUGGAUGCAACCAAUUUAAUUUUCUUUCCUCCUGAAAAUUUCCUUAGGUUCUUUUGCAUUUAGUCAAGCAUUAAAGUCCUUUUAUAAAGCACAUAUGUGAUUUGAGAUAUAAAAAUGACAUGGAAUAAAAAUUUGAAUUGGAAAA